UUGGGUUUUUGUUUGUUGAGGCGAUCGCGAGGAAUUCAUUCAACCUUGCCCGCUGUCGAGCUGUCCACAACCAGAACUGCAUCAUAACUAAGUUACUACUGGUGGGACGUGAUGCGACCUACCUGCGAGUCGUAAAGAGAAUGUGUUAGGGCGUUUGUCGUAUUGGAGUGGAGUGGUAGAGAUCAAAAUUAUCCCAGUGAAGAGUAAUGCACAAUGAAGAUUUUCAAAACUCAGCAUGUGUUCGACUAUAGUUGGGACGAAGUAUCCCUUGCUGCCUAUCGCAAGUACCCAAACGAACACUCUCCGAAAGUAACUGCUGUGGAUGUUCUCAAACGCUAUGUCGAUAAGGAAGGGCGACUGCACAGUGUGAGGCUGAUUGCAUCAUGCUUUUCAAUGUGGUCAGCCGUACCGUUUGUCAAGAUGCUUGGUUUGGAAGGGUCAAUGUUUGUGAUUGAGAGAUCAGUAGCUGAUCCUGUUGAGAAGACCUUGACGUUACGGUCCCGGAAUAUUUCCCUGGAAGGUCUGAUUAAUGUGUUUGAAGUAUUGCAGUAUCGCCGUGAUCCUGUUGAACCAUCAAAAACAUUACUAAUUCAGGAAGCAUCAGUGACGGUCGCACCCUGCUUGAUUUCAGGCUUCGUUGAGGGACGAAUGAUUGAUGUUUUCAGCGAGUCGGCUCAAAACGGGCGCAAUGCUAUUGUCAAUGUAUGCGAAAAAAUACAGAAGGAACAACAGUCCACGGUAUAAUGUGGAUUUGACUAAAAUCACAAUGUGAGCAUAAAACAUGAUAGAGCUUACUCGUUCAGGAAUAUCCACUAGGAGCUCAUGGUUGUAGGUUUUUACUUAGCUACAAAUGAAGUUUUUGAAUAUGAAAACGUUUCUUACCUCCGUAGUCCCAUACUUUCCCCUGGUUCAGUUGAGCUGACCUGCAUAAAACCGACAUCUUCUCAUAGCUGAUAAUAGUAGUAGGUACAAUGCUGUAUCCUCUUGUGUGUUGUGACUGUGCUAUCACCCAUCACAUGGCUUUAUUCUGCAAAUACAUGGCAUGCAUAGCUGGCCUUAGCAUGUCUUCCGAUUUUCGUGCGCACACUACUAAACUGUACACUACGGUCCGUUCAGAAAAUGAUGAUACUCUUGCUCUUGACCAUAAAUGGGUUAAUAGUUUUAAACCUUUUUCUAAACUUGGUUUGCUGUGGAGCAUGAAAUGCUCUUCCAAAUAUGUUUUUCGUCUAAUUCUUCAAAAAGUAGACCAUUCAGCUGUUUUUGACUAUUUCGUCUGGAUUUAGCAUUGAUAGAAAGGGCCGGAGAUUGUUUGUGACUGGACUGUACAAUGUACCAUACCAGUUCCAGUCAAAGCUUUGUCGAUCAACCUUGUAAGAAGAUUUUUUAAAUUAAUCCGCUCAAUACAACUAUGUUUUUGACAUUGUAGGUUCUUGAAGCAUUUUCCUCUUCUUCAUUUUUUUCAAUCAAUUUCCACUCUGUGGCCUGCUUCUUUCUACUUUCCAUCCCUAAGCCCUACUCUUUACUUUCUGCUUGCUAGUAGCUUGCCCUGUUAGCUACCUUCCACCAUAAUUAUGACUACUUGUAUUUAUUUUGGUCCUUUGUGUGUGCUACACUUCAUCAGAGCCUGUGCUAUAUACAUACUCCUGUGGUGUUGGCAUUUAUACUGAUCUCUGUUA